UUGUGCGCAGGCGCAGGCGGGCGGCUCCAGGCCGGAAGCGGUGGCUGGUGGCUCGAGUGCAGCGGGAGAUGGCGGUGAACCUGAGCAGGAACGGGCCGGCGCUGCAGGCCGCCUACCGGGAUGUGGUGAACGACAAGACGGCCACCGACUGGGCUCUUUUUACUUAUGAGGGGAACAGCAAUGAUCUGCGAGUGGCUGGAACUGGAGAUGGGGGCCUUGAGGAACUUGUGGAAGAGCUAAACAGUGGGAAGGUGAUGUACGCUUUCUGCCGGGUGAAAGACCCCAAUUCAGGGUUGCCCAAGUGUGUCCUGAUUAACUGGACAGGUGAAGGAGUGAAGGAUGCCAGGAAAGGGCUGUGUGCCAAUCAUGUCAGCACGGUAGCCAACUUUCUAAAGCUCCCGCUUGAUGCCCGUCAUGUUACUAUCAAUGCCCGUGAUGAACAGGAUGUGGAGCCAGACGUAAUCAUCGAGAAGGUCGCCAAGGCCUCUGGUGCCAAUUAUAGCUUCCACAAGGAGAGCUCCCGCUUCCAAGAUACAAACCCACAAGGACCUGUGGGGUCUGUUUAUAAGAAGACAAAUGCAAUGUCAGAAAUCCGAAGUGUUGACAAGGAGAGCUUCUGGGCGCAGACGGAGAGAGAUGAAGAGAAGCGAAGGGAAGAAGAUAAAAAGAGGAAAGCACUGGAACAAGAAGGCUUGGAAAAGGAGCGGAAGGAGAGGGAGCGGAGAGAAUCCGAGCUGAGGGAGAAGCAGUUUAGAGAGAAGUCCAGUCAGAUUGACCAACAGAAGCAGUUCCAGAAGAGACAAGAGUCUGAAAGCAGGGAGCAUGAGAAGCAGCGCUGGAAUGAACAGGAGCAGGAAUACCAAGCAGAGAUGCGCAAGGGGUUCAAGAGAAGCCAGUCUGUCGAAAAGGCAACGGAGGCGGCUUCCAUUAUUUCCCAGAGAUCGGUGAAUCCGAAGGAGCUGUUCAAGGAGCGGGAGCGUGGCAAGCUGGCAGAUCCGUCUUCAUUCAAUGUGAGCACACAGCCAGGCAAGUUGAAGAGUCCUUUCCUGCAGUCGCGGAGCAGCCAGCUAGAGCCCCCUCCUUCGCCUGUCAGCUCAGCAGCCCAGCCAGCACCCCCAGAGAGUCCUCCGAAUGUCCAGGAAAGGGUGGAAGCGGAGCCCGAGGAACCACAGACUGAUCGGAACGCGGAGAAAGGCGAGAGCAAAGAAGGUUACAGCUGGCAGUUCCACCAUUCUGAGACAUUAGAGCACGGGAUAUCUACCAGGAGCCAGAGGAACAAGCAGGAGAGCAGCAACACUGUACAGAAUCACGAGCAGGCUGUUUGGCAGCUCCUGCUCAUUCCCACGUUGGAGACGGUCAUGGCUGAACCUCGGCAGUGCUUCAGAAUCAGAUCUGUCAUCACGACACGUGAUGUCACUGAAGACCAGGCUGUCACUGAAGACCAGGCUGCCACUGAAGAUCUUAAUGUGUAUGAAGCUGUGGAUACCCAAAUGCAGGGACUGUGUGCCAGGGCACUGUACGACUAUCAGGCUGCUGACGAUACAGAGAUCUCCUUCGACCCUGAUGACAUCAUCACCAACAUCGAGCAGAUUGAUGAGGGCUGGUGGCGAGGCUACGCAGUGGAUGGCACCUUCGGCAUGUUUCCAGCCAACUACGUGGAGCUGCUGAACUGUUAGUGUGUGUGGCGCCCACCCUGGCCUGGGCUCCCUGUGCUUGGGGUCAACCAGACUCCAGACUCCAACCACAAGCCAAAGCUACACAGUGCCUCCAGCUUUCGUUCCCUCAUUCUAUUCCAGGCGGGGUCAGUUCGCGGCUGUCCUUCAGGGGCUUAGCACUGCCUUCUUAACUGCCAGAGGGGUGGGGCCAUUAUCGUUGCACAAAACUGCAGCUGUUCCUCACCCUCGACUAACCUGUGUCUCUCCUCCCACCCUGUCUUUCACACAUUCCACCCCUGCCACCCAGCUCCAGCUCUGCGUGCGAUCGGAGCCUGAUUGCUCUCCGUGUUAGUGCCUUGUGACGCUGCGUUGAAGGCUGUGUCCACUUCCUACCUGCUCCCCUAGCCUACGAAUGAUGAUUGUGUGGGGGGUGGUGGUAGUUUCAAGAGUUGGAAGACCAGCUCCUCCUUGGCAGGGUGGAUGGACAGGGUGCUGGAGACUGCAAAUCACUAACGAGGGCCCCUUCAUCCAACCCCAUGGGGGUCUGAAGCAACACACAAACUGCUGGAGGAACUCAGCAGGUCAGGCAGCAUCCGUGGAGGGAGAUGGACAGUCGAAAUUUCAGGUCGAGCCCCUUCACCUGGACUGAGAUGGAGGGGAGUGGGUUGAUAUGGAGAGGGAGGCGGUGGAGCAAGUGAUAGUUGUUCCAGACUGCCGGCUCUUGCUCCACCCCUCUAUACUGACUCUCCCCCCUCUUCCAGUCCAGAUAAAGGGUCUCGACCUGAAACCGCUGACUGCCAUCUCCCUCCACAGAUGCUGCCUGACCCUGAGUUCCUCCAGCAGUUUGUUGCUCCAGAUCCUGGUGUCUGCCAUAUGGGGUGUCUCCUACCUCACCCUGCCUCUUAUUCCUCUCCCACCACUCCCUGCAGGCAGCGUUGCCCUAUCUAUGCCCACCCCCCCCCCCCCCCCCCCCCCCCCCCACCAUCCUGAAAUGAAAGGCUGUUUGCUGUGACCAGUGUUUAGGGUGGGGUGUUGAGGGAGAGCAAGGGGAGAGCACUGAGUGAAUGAACAAGGAGGGUGGUCAAUGGCCAUGCACCCCAUCCCCCUUGCCUGUCUCCUUGCAGCCCACCUGCUCCUGCAUUUGCCUUUGGAUUGAGGGUUGGAUCGGGGAGGUGCUUCUGAUUGGGAGAUGGGGGCUUUCUCUGGGGUUUAGACUGAUGCAUCAAUGGUUACCAUCCUGAUUUUUUUUUCUUCAGUGAUUUAUUUUGAAUAAACUGCCAAUCAUGUGACCAAAAUUAAAGCAUGGUUUCCCUGAGUAGAUCAUCCCAGGGAGUGCAGGAGCCACUCUGAGUACAAGCCGAUCGGAUUCCUGCACCAUUCCACACUUGUUCACACCACCCGUCUGCUUCCCUCGCUGCUCACUUUAAUAAAGUAUUUCUUUCUUUUGGCA